AGGGACAUAUCGAAAUUGUUUUUUUUUUUUUUUAAAGAUGACGACCGACGGACGGGCAGACAGGCAGCCAAUGUCUUUGGUCGUCAAACUCAACAGAUGAAGCAGCUUGACUUUUCCAUUCUUCUGCUUUGAUCUUUGUUUGAUCAAUUCGUUCCUUCUUCUUCUUCUUCUUCUUCUUCUUCUUCUUCUUCCUCUUCUUGGUCUUCCAUGGAAAUUCGUUCAGACCAAACAGAGUCAACGGAAUGAACACGCCUCGAAGUUUUCCCUUGUCCGAGUUUCACUCCAUCCAAGGAAACACCCAUUUCAGAAACCUCUGGGUUUGAUCUGUUUUCCGCAAUUUCAGAUCGAGCCCACAUCAAAAGUUUCGACAUUUCCCACGAUCCCCAGCUCUACGUCCAUUGUCUUCUGCUCGAAUGGAGCCAAACCUACGUUUCUUGAGCUUCUGACAAAACUUUUUUCCUGGUGGAGUUUCAAUCCAUCUUAAGCAACGCCCAUUUCGCUGAACUCAUCGUUUCGGACCCUUUUUUCGUAAAUUUCAGAUCGUAUCCACGCCAAAAGUUUCAAGAUUUUAGCGAUCUCAAACAGAGCCAAAUCUCCCAUUCCCCCCCUGCUGUCUUACUGAACCAGUGAUGGUGGAAGAGCCGAAUCUCGAAAACGGCAGAUCCGUCGAUGCCGGCAAGGAAGGGUACUUGCGUAAUUUGGUGGUGGGUCCUGUCCGGUGGAUGAGGAUGCUGUCGGCGGAGCUGCACUGGAGCUUUGUGUUCGGUGUGGUGUCAGUGUACGGAAUAAACCAAGGGGUCGGCGGCUCGCUGGGCCGGGUAGCCACUGAGUAUUACAUGAAAGAUGUCCAAAAGGUUCAGCCUUCUGAAUCCCAGGCUCUCACUGCCAUUACCAAGAUUCCAUGGAUCAUUAAGCCUCUUUGGGGCAUUCUCACUGAUGUUCUUCCCAUGUUCGGCUUCAAACGACGGCCUUAUUUCGUCUUAGCCGGCUUUCUUGGAGCGGUCUCUCUUCUGCUCAUAUCGGUCCACAGCAAUCUUCACCUUUUCUUGGCGCUGUUCUGGAUGACUGUAGCAAGUGCCGCAAUGGCAGUAGCAGACGUUACGAUCGACGCUUGCAUUGCGUACAACAGCAUCGAGCACCCGUCUCUUGCUUCCGACAUGCAGAGCUUGUGCAGCUUCAGCUCCUCCAUUGGAGCACUUCUAGGGUUCUUCAUGAGUGGCAUCUUUGUCCACUGGUUUGGCUCCCAGGGAGUUUUCGGGUUGCUGACAGUCCCGUUUGGACUGGUAGCUGUUGUCGGAAUCAUGCUUAAUGAACACCAUGAUCCCAUAUUCUCUUACAAACAGGUGAACCAGAAGUUUAUCGAAGCAGGGAAAUCGAUGUGGAAAACGCUCAAAUGCCCGGAAGUGUGGAGACCGUGUUUAUACAUGUAUAUCUCCCUCGCUCUCAGCUUGAACGUUCACGAAGGCCUCUUCUACUGGUUCACCGACUCGAAGGAUGGACCUUUGUUCUCUCAGGAAACCGUAGGGUUCAUCCUCUCAAUGGGUUCAGUCGGGUCGAUCAUAGGCACUAUGCUGUUCCAACUGGCGUUGAAAGACCAUCCAUUCCGAGGCCUUUUCAUAUGGACGCAGCUUCUCUUUGCCUUAUCGGGAAUGCUGGACAUGAUCCUCGUGCUACGCCUCAAUCUGAGGUUUGGUCUGCCGGACUACCUCUUCGUGGUGGUAGACGAGGUCGUGUCCCAGAUGAUCGGGCGGCUGAAAUGGAUGCCGCUGCUCGUCCUGAGCUCGAAGCUUUGCCCCCACGGGAUAGAAGGGACGUUCUUCGCGUUGCUGAUGUCGAUAGACAACGCGGGGCUGAUGACGUCGUCGUGGCUCGGGGGAGUUCUGUUGCGUUUGCUGAACGUGAGUCGGACCGAGUUUGGGAACCUGUGGCUGGCGGUUCUGGUGAGGAACGUGUCGAGGGUUUUGCCUCUGUGCUUUCUGUUUCUGGUGCCAAAGGGAGACCAGAACUCGUUCCGGCUUCCGCCUGAGGUAUCACUACUCGGCCAAGAAGAAGAUGAAGAAGGAGGAGAGAAAGGUGGUACAAAGAGUAUGGAGUUGGCUUCCCUCAUUCAUCCUCUCGACAGCAGAUAACAGAUUAUGAUCUCUACCCCUCCUUUUCUUAUUAUAGCACAGCUCUUGAUAAAAAUAUAUAAUAGAUUUGUCUUUGCCCUUGCUUUGAUUGUGCUGCCGUUCGGUUUCUCUUACUUUGGAUCCAUAUUUUCCUUUGAAACAUUGGUUAGGUAGGCCGAAAGCCACGAGAAAUUCAA